AUGCUCGCAUCCGGCACGUUGACCACGGUCGUCAUCCUCCAGCUCAUACUCGGCUUCGCGGCUCUGAUCCUCGCGGCCUUUUCCGCCGUGUGUUUUGGCGCCGAAUUCGGGUACGGCGUCGUUUGGUGGUCGUUCGGCUGGACAUUGGUCAUCGCAUGUCUACGAUGGUGGACGCACGACCUCGGCCGCUCCGCCGUCGAGCAGAUCGUCCAUCUGGCGUUCGAGACGUUCGCGCUGAUCGACUGGGUCGUUGCGACCGGCGUGCUGGUCGCCUUGAACGUCCGGCUCGACAACCUCAGAAAGGAAUACGAAUUUGACGUCGACCAUGAUAUCCCGUUGCCGGACGAGUUGGUGACGCACCAGUUCACGGCCCUAGGGAUGGGCGGACUGUACUGCAGCUACGCGUUGAACGCGGUUACCGGCGUCAUCUUCGUUUUGUUCUUGAUUUCCACGCACGAUAGUCUGAGAUGGCUGAGGAUGUCGAGACGAGCAGCGAAGGACGACCUGGAGAAGGAAUACAAGUAUGGUCAUCUGUAG